AGAGCAGCUAAUCUGAAAACAGGGCUGUAGCUCCGCCCACGAGAGAGAGAGAGAGAGAGAGAGAGAGAGAGACAUUGAAGUAGGAAGUAGGAAGUGAAAUGAAGUCCGUUUUUCUCCGUUUGAAACAGGACAGAAGUCUGGAUUCACUCGGAUGUCUGCAGUGUUCAGUUGUGUGUGAAUGAAGAAGAGUAAAUGAUGGAUCUUCAGAACUCCAGCAGUGGAGCAGGACCCCCUGUCCUAAAGGAGAAGAGAGCAGCAUCUCCAGCCCCCAGUGGAGUGUCUAUGAAGAGUGAUUGGUCACUGGUGAAUCCUCCUGAUCUCAGCAGUGAACCUGUGACCUCUGACCCAAAGAGGAAGAGAGCAGCAUCUCCAGCCCCCAGUGGAGUGUCUAUGAAGAGUGAUGUAUCACUGGUGAAUCCUCCUGAUCUCAGCAGUGAACCUGUGACCUCUGACCCAAAAGAGAAGAUUACACUGAAUGUUCUGAGGAAGACGAAGGAGAAAGACCUCCCUACCACACUAGAGAGCAAAUUGGCCCUGGCGUGUCAACCAAAGCUCAAAUCCACACUGAGGGAAAAAUAUCAGAGAAUUAAUGAAGGAAUCACAAAUCCUGGAACUUCAGUCUUCCUGAAUGAGAUCUACACAGAGCUCUACAUCACACAGGGAGGGGGUGGAGAGAUCAAUCAGGAACAUGAGGUGAGACAGAUAGAAGAUGCAUCCAGGAAAAGGACAACACAGGAGAUUCCCAUCAAAUGUAACGACAUCUUUAAACCAUUACCAGAACAGAACCGGCCCAUCAGAACUGUGCUGACUAAAGGAGUUGCUGGAAUUGGAAAAACAGUCUCUGUGCAGAAGUUCAUUCUGGACUGGGCUGAAGGAAAAGUAAAUCAGGACGUCCUCUUCAUUUUCCCUCUUCCUUUUAGAGAACUGAAUCUGAUGAAGGAGAAGAAGCUCAGUCUGGUGAAUCUUCUUCAGCGCUUCUUCCCAGAAACACAAUAUUUAAAACCAAGACAUUAUAAGAGCUACAAGAUCAUGUUCAUCUUUGAUGGUCUGGAUGAGUGUCGACUUCCUCUGGAUUUCAAGAACAAUGAGAACUUGGUGGAUAUAGAAGAACAAACCUCAGUGGAUGUGCUGCUGACAAACCUCAUCAAGGGGAACCUGCUUCCAUCUGCUCUCCUAUGGAUAACUACUCGACCAGCAGCAGCCAAUCAGAUCCCUCCUGACUGUAUAGACCAGGUAACAGAGGUACGAGGGUUCAGUGACCCUCAGAAAGAGGAAUAUUUCAGGAAAAGGAUCAGAGAUCAGAGCCUUGCUGAAACAAUCAUUAAACACAUGAAGUCCUCCAGAAGCCUCUACAUCAUGUGCCACAUCCCAGUCUUCUGCUGGAUCUCAGCCACUGUUCUAGAGAGGAUGUUGGGUGAAGCAGAGGGAGGAGAGAUCCCCAAGACUCUGACUCAAAUGUUCACACACUUCCUGAUCUUUCAGAUCAAACACCGCAGCCAGAAGUACCACCAUAACAGUGAGGAUGAUCUUAAGCAGACUAGAGAGAUUAUUCUGGCUCUGGGAAAACUGGCUUUCCAACAGCUGGAGAAAGGAAACCUGAUCUUCUAUGAGGAAGAUCUGAAAGAGUGCAGCAUUGAUGUGAAAGAAGUGUUCGUGUACUCAGGAGUGUGCACCCAGAUCUUCAGACAGGAAUCUGAACUUCACCUGGGAAAGGUCUUCAGCUUUGUACAUCUGAGUGUUCAGGAGUUUCUGGCUGCUUUAUAUGCGUUUCUCUCCUUCAUCUCCAACAACAGAAAUGUUCUACCUGGAGUUUUGGAUUUCUCCAAAAAGGGAACGAUGUCUGACUUCCUGAAGAGAGCCGUGGACGAGGCCUUAAAAAGUAAAAACGGACACCUGGACCUUUUCCUCCGAUUUCUUCUGGGUCUCUCACUGGAGUCCAAUCAGACUCUCUUACGAGGUCUUCUGAUACAGACAGGAAACUUCUCUCACAGUAAAGAGGAAGUAGUGGAGCACAUCAAGCAGAAGAUAAAGGAGAAUCUCUCUCCAGAGAAAACGAUCAGUCUGUUCCACUGUCUGAAUGAACUGAAUGAUCAUUUUCUAGUGCAGGAAGUCCAAAAGUACCUGAACAGAGGAGGAGGAUCCAGUGAUCUCAGUAUAGUUUCUCUCUCUCCUGCUGAGUGGUCAGCUGUGGCGUUUGUGAUGCUGAAUUCAGAAGAGGAGCUGGAUGAGUUUGACCUGAGUAAAUUUCAGAACUCAGAAGAAUGUCUUCUGAGGCUGCUUCCAGUGGUGAAAACAUCCAGAAAGAUUGUGGUGUAUGAUUGCAGUAUUACAGAGAAAGGCUGUUCUGCUCUGUUUUCAGUUCUGAAAUUAAACCCCUCCCACCUGAGAGAACUGAGUCUGGCCUACAGUAAACCAGGAGAUUCAGGAGUGAAGCUGCUCUCUGAAAUACUGAUGGAUCCACUUUGUAAACUGGAGAAACUACAGUUGGAAUUCUGCAGUAUUACAGAGAAACACUGUGCUGAUCUGGUUUCAGCUCUGAAAUCAAACCCCUCAGAGCUACGAGAGCUGAAUCUGAGCUACAAUAAACCAGGAGUGAAGAUGAUCUCUGGUUUACUGGAAGAUCCACACUGUAAACUGGAGAAACUACAGCUGGAAUUCUGCAGUAUUACAGGAAAAGACUGUGCUGCUCUGGUUUCAGCUCUGAAAUUAAACCCCUCCCACCUGAGAGAACUGAAUCUGAAUUACAAUAAUCCAGGAGAUUCAGGAGUGAAGCUGCUCUCUGAUCUACUGAAGGAUCCUCACUUUAAACUGGAGAAACUACAGAUCUGUGACUCUUCAGAAUUACGUGAACUAAAUUUUAAAAACCAAAACUUAGGAGAAUUAAGAGUGAAGCUGCUCUCUGAUUUACUGGAGGAUCCUCACUGUAACCUGGAGAAACUAGAGCUGGAGAACUGCAGUAUUACAAGAGAAGACUGUGCUGCUCUGGUUUCAGCUCUGAAAUUAAACCCCUCCCACCUGAGAGAACUGAAUCUGAACUGCAAUAAACCAGGAGAUUCAGGAGUGAAGCUGCUCUCUGAUCUACUGAAGGAUCCUCACUUUAAACUGGAGAAACUACAGCUGCAGAACUGCAGUAUUACAGGAGAAGACUGUGCUGCUCUGGUUUCAGCUCUGAAAUUAAACCCCUCCCACCUGAGAGAACUGAAUCUGAGCUACAAUAAUCCAGGAGAUUCAGGAGUGAAGCUGCUCUCUGAUCUACUGAAGGAUCCUCGCUUUAAACUGGAGAAACUAGAGCUGGAGGACUGCAGUAUUACAGGAAGAGGCUGUGCUGCUCUGGUUUCAGCUCUGAAAUUAAACCCCUCCCACCUGAGAGAACUGAAUCUGAACCGCAAUAAACCAGGAGAUUCAGGAGUGAAGCUGCUCUCUGAUCUACUGAAGGAUCCUCACUUUAAACUGGAGAAACUACAGCUGGUGAACUGCAGUAUUACAGGAGAACGCUGUGCUGCUCUGGUUUCAGCUCUGAAAUUAAACCCCUCCCACCUGAGAGAACUGAAUCUGAGCUACAAUAAACGAGGAGAUUCAGGAGUGAAGCUGCUCUCUGAUCUACUGAAGGAUCCUCACUUUAAACUGGAGAAUCUACAGCUGGAGUGGUGCAGUAUUACAGGAGAAGACUGUGCUGCUCUGGUUUCAGCUCUGAAAUUAAACCCCUCCCACCUGAGAGAACUGAAUCUGAACUACAAUAAUCCAGGAGAUUCAGGAGUGAAGCUGCUCUCUGAUCUACUGAAGGAUCCUCACUUUAAACUGGAGAAACUACAGAUCUGUGACUCUUCAGAAUUACGUGAACUAAAUUUUAACAACCAAAACUUAGGAGAAUUAAGAGUGAAGCUGCUCUCUGAUCUACUGGAGGAUCCUCACUGUAACCUGGAGAAACUAGAGCUGGGGUGCUGCAGUAUUACAGGAGGAGGCUGUGCUGCUCUGGUUUCAGCUCUGAAAUUAAACCCCUCCCACCUGAGAGAACUGGAUCUGAACCUCAAUAAACCAGGAGAUUCAGGAGUGAAGCUGCUCUCUGAUCUACUGAAGGAUCCUCACUUUAAACUGGAGAAACUAGAUCUGGAGGAUUGCAGUAUUACAGGAGAAGACUGUGCUGCUCUGGUUUCAGCUCUGAAAUUAAACCCCUCCCACCUGAGAGAACUGAAUCUGAGCUCCAAUAAACCAGGAGAUUCAGGAGUGAAGCUGCUCUCUGAUCUACUGAAGGAUCCUCACUUUAAACUGGAGAAACUACAUCUGGAGAACUGCAGGAUUACAGGAGAAGGCUGUGCUGCUCUGGUUUCAGCUCUGAAAUUAAACCCCUCCCACCUGAGAGAACUGAAUCUGAACUGCAAUAAACCAGGAGAUUCAGGAGUGAAGCUGCUCUCUGAUCUACUGAAGGAUUCUCACUUUAAACUGGAGAAACUACAGCUGUGGUGGUGCAGUAUUACAGGAGAAGGCUGUGCUGCUCUGGUUUCAGCUCUGAAAUUAAACCCCUCCCACCUGAGAGAACUGAAUCUGAACUCCAAUAAACCAGGAGAUUCAGGAGUGAAGCUGCUCUCUGAUCUACUGAAGGAUCCUCACUUUAAACUGGAGAAACUAGAGCUGCAGAACUGCAGUAUUACAGGAGAAGACUGUGCUGCUCUGGUUUCAGCUCUGAAAUUAAACCCCUCCCACCUGAGAGAACUGGAUCUGAGCUUUAAUAAUCCAGGAGAUUCAGGAGUGAAGCUGCUCUCUGAUCUACUGAAGGAUCCUCACUUUAAACUGGAGAAUCUACAGAUCUGUGACUCUUCAGAAUUACGUGAACUAAAUUUUAACAACCAAAACUUAGGAGAAUUAAGAGUGAAGCUGCUCUCUGAUCUACUGGAGGAUCCUCACUGUAACCUGGAGAAACUAGAGCUGGAGUGCUGCAGUAUUACAGGAGAAGACUGUGCUGCUCUGGUUUCAGCUCUGAAAUUAAACCCCUCCCACUUGAGAGAACUGAAUCUGAGCAUCAAUAAACCAGGAGAUUCAGGAGUGAAGCUGCUCUCUGAUCUACUGAAGGAUCCUCACUUUAAACUGGAGAAACUACAACUGAUGAACUGCAGUAUUACAGGAGAAGACUGUGCUGCUCUGGUUUCAGCUCUGAAAUUAAACCCCUCCCACCUGAGAGAACUGAAUCUGAACCACAAUAAUCCAGGAGAUUCAGGAGUGAAGCUGCUCUCUGAUCUACUGAAGGAUCCUCACUUUAAACUGGAGAAACUACAGCUGGUGAAAUGCAGUAUUACAGGAGAAGGCUGUGCUGCUCUGGUUUCAGCUCUGAAAUUAAACCCCUCCCACCUGAGAGAACUGAAUCUGAACGACAAUGAUCCAGGAGAUUCAGGAGUGAAGCUGCUCUCUGAUCUACUGAAGGAUCCUCACUUUAAACUGGAGAAACUACAGCUGGAGAACUGCUGGAUUACAGGAGAAGACUGUGCUGCUCUGGUUUCAGCUCUGAAAUUAAACCCCUCCCACCUGAGAGAACUGAAUCUGAACUACAAUGAUCCAGGAGAUUCAGGAGUGAAGCUGCUCUCUGAUCUACUGAAGGAUCCUCACUUUAAACUGGAGAAACUACAACUGGAGAACUGCAGUAUUACAGGAGAAGGCUGUGCUGCUCUGGUUUCAGCUCUGAAAUUAAACCCCUCCCACCUGAGAGAACUGAAUCUGAACUACAAUAAUCCAGGAGAUUCAGGAGUGAAGCUGCUCUCUGAUCUACUGAAGGAUCCUCACUUUAAACUGGAGAAACUACAGAUCUGUGACUCUUCAGAAUUACGUGAACUAAAUUUUAACAACCAAAACUUAGGAGAAUUAAGAGUGAAGCUGCUCUCUGAUCUACUGGAGGAUCCUCACUGUAACCUGGAGAAACUAGAGCUGGACAGAUGCAGUAUUACAGGAGAAGGCUGUGCUGCUCUGGUUUCAGCUCUGAAAUUAAACCCCUCCCACCUGAGAGAACUGAAUCUGAGCUACAAUAAUCCAGGAGAUUCAGGAGUGAAGCUGCUCUCUGAUCUACUGAAGGAUCCUCACUUUAAACUGGAGAAACUACAGCUGGGGUGGUGCAGUAUUACAGGAGAAGACUGUGCUGCUCUGGUUUCAGCUCUGAAAUUAAACCCCUCCCACCUGAGAGAACUGAAUCUGAACCACAAUAAACCAGGAGAUUCAGGAGUGAAGCUGCUCUCUGAUCUACUGAAGGAUCCUCACUUUAAACUGGAGAAACUACAGAUCUGUGACUCUUCAGAAUUACGUGAACUAAGUUUUAACAACCAAAACUUAGGAGAAUUAAGAGUGAAGCUGCUCUCUGAUCUACUGGAUGAUCCUCACUGUAACCUGGAGAAACUAGAGCUGGAGAACUGCAGUAUUACAGGAGAAGACUGUGCUGCUCUGGUUUCAGCUCUGAAAUUAAACCCCUCCCACCUGAGAGAACUGAAUCUGAACUACAAUAAUCCAGGAGAUUCAGGAGUGAAGCUGCUCUCUGAUCUACUGAAGGAUCCUCACUUUAAACUGGAGAAACUACAGCUGGACAGAUGCAGUAUUACAGGAGAAGGCUGUGCUGCUCUGGUUUCAGCUCUGAAAUUAAACCCCUCCCACCUGAGAGAACUGAAUCUGAACUACAAUAAUCCAGGAGAUUCAGGAGUGAAGCUGCUCUCUGAUCUACUGAAGGAUCCUCACUUUAAACUGGAGAAACUACAGCUGGAGUGCUGCAGUAUUACAGGAGAAGGCUGUGCUGCUCUGGUUUCAGCUCUGAAACUAAACCCCUCCCACCUGAGAGAACUGAAUCUGAACUACAAUAAUCCAGGAGAUUCAGGAGUGAAGCCGCUCUCUGAUCUACUGAAGGAUCCUCACUUUAAACUGGAGAAUCUACAGCUGGAGUGGUGCAGUAUUACAGGAGAAGGCUGUGCUGCUCUGGUUUCAGCUCUGAAAUUAAACCCCUCCCACCUGAGAGAACUGAAUCUGAACGACAAUAAUCCAGGAGAUUCAGGAGUGAAGCUGCUCUCUGAUCUACUGAAGGAUCCUCACUUUAAACUGGAGAAACUACAUCUGUGGGGCUGUGAUCUAUCUGAGAAAAGCUGUGCAGCUCUAUCCUCAGCACUUAGCUCAAAUUCCUCAAGUCUAAAAGAACUGGACCUGGGUAAUAAUGAACUGCAGGAUUCAGGAGUGAAGCUGCUCUCUGCUGGACUGAAGAGUUCACACUGUAAACUGCAGAAACUGGAGCUGAUGAACUGCAGUAUUACAGGAGAACGCUGUGCUGCUCUGGUUUCAGCUCUGAAAUUAAACCCCUCCCACCUGAGAGAACUGAAUCUGGGCGACAAUGAACUAGGAGAUUCAGGAGUGAAGCUGCUCUCUGAUCUACUGAAGGAUCCUCACUUUAAACUGGAGAAACUACAGCUGGAGGACUGCAGUAUUACAGGAGACGGAUGUGCUGCUCUGGUUUCAGCUCUGAAAUUAAACCCCUCCCACCUGAGAGAACUGAAUCUGAACCUCAAUAAACCAGGAGAUUCAGGAGUGAAGCUGCUCUCUGAUCUACUGAAGGAUCCUCACUUUAAACUGGAGAAUCUACAAAUAAAACCUAAACCUGACUGGCUAGACUGACAGUUCUGCUUUGGACAUCACUUCCUGUUACCAGUGGCUCCAUAUCCGGUGUCCUGUACAUCAACACACACACACACACACACACACACACACACACACACACACACACACACACACAGGUAUGGUUGAAUAUGGGUGAAGAAGGACUGAAGGAGCUGAAGUUCUGCUGCUUCUGUUCUCUAACAGUAAUCAAUAUGAAGAUUCUGAUCUUAUUAAACUGCUUUAAUCAUAUUUAUUACAGUAUUUUAUUCAUUCAGGACUUCUGUAGCAUCUAGAAUCGUCCAAUCACCUGCUUUAAAAAUGUACAGCACUCCUACAAAGUGUUUUUAUAUUUAUAAAGAUCUGCUUUGUUAAUUCUGUUUAUGUUUAGUUAUGAACUUAUGCUGAAGCUCCUCUGAGUCACUAGCUCACUGUUAUAGAGGGUUUCCUGUAGGGGGCGCUGUGGUGUUGGACUCUGGGUAAUUACUGCAACCUGUGGCUCUGAUUCUCAGAUUCCAGAGGAAAUGUUCAGAGUGGAUGAUUAAAUUAAAGAAGAAUAUUAUUUGAUUGAGGGAACAGAUUGUUAAAUGAUGUAAAUAAUAUAUUUCUCUAAAUAAUAUCCCUCUGUAGAAAUGCACACAAUAAUUACAUUCUCCAGAUCUGGUUGGUAGAUCAUGUAAACAGGUUGAACAGGUUUCUAAUUUAUUUUUUAUCAUGUUUAGAGUAAAAGUCAUGAAAUGGUCAAUGUAUCAUAGCGUUUUUCUGUAUCAGUAAAACUUCUUGUUUUUUCAUGUUUUAAAAUUGUUCAUUUUGUGUUCUAAAGCUGUAAAAAUGUAAAUGUUUCCACCUUAAACCUGUAUUAUAUUAAAUUUGUAUUUUUCAGGAAGGGAUUAGUAGAACAUAUGGUGAUUAAACAGACAGAUAUUUUAUACAAUUAUCACAGUUAUCUCUCUUAUCACAACCAAUCCACCAACGUGGAUACAUGAAGUUAGUUUUUUAUCGUCUGCAUAUUUAGAGUUGAUUUAGAGUCGAUUUGGGCAAAUCGGUCUCUUACUUUUAAGACAAAGACAGAUGAUGUAUUAAAGGAAAUGAAAACAUAUAUUUUUAUAUUUUGUAAAAUUUACUUUUUAUGUAUUUUUAAUAAAUGGUUGUUCUUA